AUGAUCAAAGGAGAGUUUGAAAGCAGGAGAGGUCUCACAGUCCUGGCCAUCCAUUCACAGCUAAUGAGAGACUUAAGUGUGGGCACACAUCUCCUGGUGCCAGGGAUGUCUCUCUCUGGACAGACAGUGGAACUGGAACUGACAUGUCUGUCUAUUCCAGAGCCUUCUCCCCAUCAGAUCAGAGGAGAGAGCAAGAAGGAAAAUCCCUGGCUGUCCAGUUUCACUGAGGAGAAGCCUGAAGGCUUUACUUUCACUUUCCAGUUUCAGUUUCCUCCUGGUGUGCGCCACGCCUCACCUCCCUUCAGAGCUGUUUCCCAGCUUAUUCUGAGAGGCCAGUUGGUGCGAAAGUCCAGAAGAGAGCAGAGCAUCAAGGAAAGUUCCCAUGACUCUAGCAGGUGGCUAGGACUGUGGUUUGCAAAUGAGUGCCUGCAGUGUGAGAAAGGCUGGAGAUCUCCAAGUGCACAGGGGAGGCUGGAUGCUGAGAUCUCCAAAGAGAAUGCUGGUGCUGAUCAGGUCAAGGAGAAUCUGGGUCAGCUGAGCUGUCACUUCACGUGGAGCUUGCAGUUUGAAGACGUUGACAUACCUGAUUUGGAAAUGAGAAUCUCAGAGGAAGUUGAGUUCCUAGACAUCAUGAGCACAGUGGGGAUGCACAACCUCCUGGCCUAUGUGAGACACCUGAAAGGCCAGGAUGAGGGAGCCCUGCAGAGCCUGAAAGAAGCAGAAGCCUUGGCCCAGAGAGAGCAGUUGGGCAAGAGAAGCCUGGUGACCUGGGGCAACUGUGCCUGGUUGUAUUACCACAUGGGCAGCUUGGCAGAAGCCCAGAGCUACCUGGACAAGGUAGAGAAUACUUGCAAGGAAUUUGCAAGUCCCUUCCGCUACAGGAUGGAGUGUGCCGAGAUGCACUGUGAGGAAGGCUGGGCCUUGCUGAAGUGUGGAGGACAGAAUUAUAGACGAGCCAUGGAAUGCUUUGCAAAAGCCCUGGAAGCUGAGCCUGAAAACCCCGAAUACAACACUGGCUAUGCUGUCGCUACCUAUCGAGAAGACUUCGAUGACAAUAAUAUUUCUCUGGAACCCCUGAGGAAGGCUGUCAGGUUAAAUCCAGCAGAUCCAUAUAUUAAAGUUUAUCUUGCCCUGAAACUUCAGGACGUAGGAGAAACAGAUGAAGCAGAAAGACACAUCAAAGAAGCCCUCAGAAGCACAUCCUGUCAAACCUAUGUCUUUCGUUAUGCAGCCAAGUAUUACCGAAGGAAAGGCUGCACAGACAAAGCUCUCCACCUCCUACACAAGGCCUUGCAGACAUCACCUGACUCUGGCUACCUGCAUUUCCAAAUAGGGCUCUGUUACAGAAAACAAAUGAUCCAACUUAAGAUAUCGAGAAACACAACGUCCAGAAGGCAGGGCAGCAUGCAGGAAAUGGCACAACGGGCCAUUUCUGAAUUUCAGAAGACAGUGGAACUGAGGCCCACGUUUGAUGCAGCGUAUGUUUGCUUGGCUGAAGUGCAGGCAGAAAUUCGCCAAUAUGAAGAAGCUGAGGCAAAUUUCCAGAUAGCGCUGAACAUGAAGAACCUUACAGGUCACAGAGAACAAGACAUUCAUCUAUGCUAUGGCCGUUACCAGCUAUUUCAUCAAAAAUCAGAAGACAAGGCGAUCACCCACUACUUAAAAGGUCUAAAAAUAGAAGAAAUGUCCUAUGUCCGGAGGAAACUACUCAUAGCUUUGGAGAAAGUGGCUGAUAGACGGGUUCAGCAGAAUAUUCGACCUGUGGAGAGCACCAGCCUCCUUGGGUUAGUCCACAAGCUGAAAGGGAACAUGUACGAGGCCCUGCUGUACUACGAGAGGGCUCUGAGGCUCACUGGGGAGAUGAACCCUGAGUUCUGA